AUGUCAUUGGGUAUGUCGUUUUUCUGGACCUCACCUAGACCUCACCUAGUACGACCAUCGACUAGCACAGCAUUCAAGAUGGUCAAUCUGCGAACUCAGAAGCGCCUGGCCGCGUCGGUCAUUGGCUGCGGCCAGCGCAAGAUCUGGCUCGACCCCAACGAGGUCAACGAGAUCUCCAACGCCAACUCUCGCCAGACCAUCCGCAAGCUCGUCUCCGAUGGCCUCAUCAUCCGCAAGCCCGUUACCAUGCACUCGAGAUCCCGCGCUCGCGAGCUGAACCUCGCCCGCCGCAUCGGUCGUCACCGUGGCUUCGGUAAGCGCAAGGGUACCGCUGAGGCUCGCAUGCCCAGCCAAGUCCUCUGGAUGCGCCGCCUCCGUGUCCUCCGCCGCCUCCUGGUCAAGUACCGUGCCUCCGGCAAGAUCGACAAGCACCUGUACCACGAGCUUUACCACUCCAGCAAGGGUAACGCCUUCAAGCACAAGCGUGCUCUCGUUGAGCACAUUCACCGUGCCAAGGCCGAGAAGGCCCGCGAGAAGGCCCUCAAGGACGAGAUGGACGCCAAGCGUGCGAAGACCAAGGCCGCUCGCGAGCGCAAGUUGGAGAGAGUGGCGGCGAAGAGGAACGCCCUGAUGGGCGAGGGCGAGGAGGAGGCCAAAUAG